UAUUCGCAUUUGACUGGCAGCUUGUCGAACGAAGAAGGUUCGCUCCAGUUGCAUUUGAUCUUGGCCUUGUACCGUUCAUUUUUUCGGUUGUUCUUUUUGGUUGUUUAAAAAUUUUAAUUUAGAAAAGUUGAAUUUGAAAUUUGAAAGGGCCGGCAUGUCGAUCACGGAGGAAUGGAGGACCCCGGCUUUCAGGCAGAGCGUCGUCAACAAGCUUGAUGAGGCUAUUCAGAGAUCUGGGAUGACCACUUCCAAAUCUGGCAUCGAGAUGGAAAGCCAUGUAUUUCAAAAAUCAAAAACAAAGGAGGAGUAUCUCGGGCUGGUCGCCAGGCUUAUAUUUCACGUCAGGGAAGUGACCUCGAAGAAAACCGGCCUCAUGAACAAUAAUGGUGGCCCUAACAUGCAGGAUCCAAUCAAUGCUCUACAAAAUUUAGCACGACAAGGAUCUGGUAAUCAAAAUAUGGGGCAAGGUUUACCACCACCGGUGCCUCAACAAAACAAUCCAAACAUGAUGCAGGGGAUGAAUUCAAGACCUGUUCUUCAGCAAAAGCUUCAGCCUUCUGUACAAGGUGGUGUGAUGAUGACUGGCCUUGGCGGUGCAAUGGGCCCUGGGGCAGGCGGAAGUCCUCUUUCUGCAGGUAUAGGCCUACAGACAAUGCAAGGCCGUAGGCCCGAUGUCAACAUGGGCGUCCCUGCUGGCGGCUUUGUCGGACCCAGGGGUGUAAACGCCAGCCCGUAUCUCAGGCAGAGCCCGACACCUCCGAUCACAUCUCCCGUACAGCAGAACGUCACUAUGCAGCCAGGACAAAUGGGUGUCCCUUCCCCUGCGCUCGUACCGUCUCCGAGUAACCCACAGCUUGUCGGCGGUACGGCAAUGCAGGCUACGAUGCAGAGGCCGUUAAGCAUGGCCUCCUCGCCUAGCUCAGCUUGUCUCAACACUCCUGGACAGCCGAAUGCAAGCCCCUGCAGUUUACAGGAAGAUGCUGCUUAUAGAGAAAAAAUCAGACAACUUAGUAAAUAUGUUGAACCCCUUAGACGAAUGAUAUCAAGAUUUGGUAGUGAUUGCCCAUCCAAUAUUGAAAAGUUAAGUAAAAUGAAAACUUUACUGGAAUUAUUGGCUAAUCCAAACAAAAGAGUUCCUUUGGAAACGCUUUUGAAAUGUGAAGUAGUUUUGGAGAAAGUCGACGGGAAAAGGGGUGUUGAACCUGUAAGAGAACGAGAACAGCAUCCUUUGCUCGAAGCACUUAAGAACCACUUACAGAGCCCUUUUAUCAAUCAUUCGCUUCAAAGAACAUUUGGGCCAACUAUAGAAGCACUUUUUGGCUCAGACAUAAGAAAUGUACCACCGUCUCUAAAAAGGAGGAAAAUUGAGGAACCGAACGAUGAUAUUCCAGAGGUUUUGCAAGGAGAGAUAGCAAGACUAGAUCAGCGUUUUAAAGUAAGUUUAGAUCCGACUGGAGGAACGGGUGGAAGUAUUCAGCUGAUUUGCUGGCUGGAUGACAAGCAUUUACCUUGUGUGCCACCGAUCGCCUUGUCAGUCCCUGAAGAUUAUCCGAGCAGCCCGCCAGAGUGUCAUCUCGCUGAGCAUGAACACUCGGCUACUCCUUUUCUCGAAUCAGUUAAAACCGCUUUAUCAUCGCGCGUUUCCAAGCUCUCGUCAAAAUUCACAGUAUCCCAGCUUCUCGACGCCUGGGAGAUGAGCGUGAGACAAGCUUGCGCACCUUCAGUCCCCGCCCCGGCGCCGAGCUCGUCCACUGCCCUGUUGGUGAACUCAUGACGGGAAAUUGUAGACCCUCCCCCUCCACUCUUGAUCAAUCAGCAGGCUGACACGAUACCAAGGCCAACGGAACAAUCAGAAAGUGCUCCGCGGCUAGAAGCAGUGCACGACUAUACAAUAUGAAUCUUCCUUUAUUUAUAAAUAGUUGAAAUUUAUUUUUAUAUGCUUUCUACUACAAUUUGUAUAUGAAUUGACAAUUUCAUACUAGUUGGAACAUACUGGAAAAAAGAAAUGUUUAUUAUAUUUAUUAAAAUAGAUCCUGUGAAUUUAUGUAAACCUUUUGACUAGUUUACCAUUGUGUGUGUUGCUAUAUUAAAUUUAUUUACUUCUAUCAACCUAGCUAACUGAUUUGCCAAUGAAAUGUUUCAACAUUCUCUUAAAUGAAGAAAUAAAUAACACAUUUUAACAAUCAA